AUGCGUCUUGCGAUUGCCCUUGUCCUUGGUGCAACAUACGUAACGGGUGUCUUUGGACACGCGACGUUCCAGCAAUUGUGGGUGAAUGGAGUUGACCAGGGAUCCUACUGCGUCCGCCUACCACAGAAUAACAAUCCAGUGACGAGCGUGACAUCAAAUGACAUUGCAUGCAACGCAGGUGCCGCUUCGAGUUCGGGACUGUGUUCGGUGAAGCCCGGUGAUAAAGUCACAGUCGAGAUGCACCAGCAGCCCGGCCAACGAACCUGUGCCAACGAGGCCAUCGGAGGCGCACACUAUGGACCAGUAAUUAUCUACAUGGCGAAAGUGUCCGACGCCAAGACGGCCGUCGGAUCGUCUGCAGGCUGGUUCAAGGUGUCAGAGAUGGGACUGGCGUCGAACAAUCCAAACUAUUAUGGCUCCCAAGUUCUCAACGAUAACUGCGGGCAUUAUACUUUCACGGUGCCCAACGUUGCGCCAGGAAACUAUUUACUCAGAGCCGAAGUGAUCGCAUUACACGUAGCAUCUAGCGUGGGAGGCGCACAGUUCUACAUGACCUGCUUCCAGCUGUCCGUGGGUGGGUCUGGGACGGGUUCGCCUUCAACAGUCAAGCUUCCAGGCGCGUAUGGUGCAAGUGAUCCAGGAAUCCUGUACACGUUGUGGAUGUCAUCCAAGAUUUAUACGAUUCCGGGCCCGUCGUCGGUGUAUGGGAGCACUUCACCAACGCCAGUGACGACGGCUUAUCCAACUAAAGCGACAUGGAGCACCGUGUUGCAGCCGACUACGGUGCCUACCACGCCGGUAGCUACCUCUAUCGCCGGGGGAGCAUAA